GACACACACGUGAAAAAGUCCACUUGUGUUUACUUUUCUUAGUUGAAUCAUUUUUAAACCACCAAAACUUAAUCAGUUUAGCCCAGUUGCCCAACGACAUUAAUUGGACGCGUGUAGGAAAAAUGUUAAUCUUUAAACUCGUGAUUUCUUGUUCUAGGUGAUCAAUGAAGAGAAAAAAAAUGGCUCAUUCUUCUUUUGAAAACAGUAUGAAUGGGAUCUCGGAGGAUUUGGACUUGCUUCACAUUGAGGUGGACACAGAUUUGACUGAGAAUAGAUCCGACAGAGACGAUUCUGUUUGUUCUAAGAAUGUCUUGAGGAAGCAGCGACACUGGGAGAAGCAACUGGCUGCAAAAAAGAGCAAACGAAAAGAGGAGAAACAACGGAGAAAGCUUAACCGAGUGCAAUCUGAAGCUGAUGGUGACGCUCCUCGGUUCACCAAAAGGGUGUUGAAGGCCAUCACCAAAGAGCGUUUGGCAGAAGCUCAGUCCACAGGUCGCCGACUGUGUGUGGACCUCAGUAUGACGGACUGCAUGUCUGACAAGGAGAUCAGCAGACUGUCCGGGCAGCUCAGACGCCUUUAUGGCUCAAACAAAAAGGCGUCUCAACCAUUUCACCUGUUUCUGACAAACCUGAGAGAGGACAGCCGCCUGUACAGAGAGUGUGUCCGAAUGAACGAUGGUUUCCUCAACUACUCUAUGGACAUAACAGAGGAAAGCUGUUUGGAUCUUUUCCCACCAGAGACAAUUGUUUACCUCACACCAGAUGCUGAACAAGCCUUACAGUGUGUGGACCCUGACAAAGUCUAUGUUCUUGGUGGACUUGUGGAUGAAAGCAUUCAAAAGAAGUUGAGCUUGGGCAGGGCCAGUGAGUUGAGUGUUCUCACAGCCAGACUCCCAAUAGACGAAUACAUGAUCAAGAAAAACAACUCAAAAAACUUUCACUCUAAAAUACUGGCUAUUAACCAGGUUUUCGACAUCUUAUUGACUUUCUGUGACACUGGCAGCUGGACAGAGGCCUUCAGAUUGUGGUUUCCUUUAGGGAAGGGGUACACCGUUGAUCCAGAUAUUACAAAAUCUCAAAGUUAGUGCGAGAUUAAAUCCUUUCUUUCACAUUUAAUUGACUGAUUGGUGCGCUCUGUAACUUGAACUUGAAGAUGUUAUUGCGUUGGCAGAAUUGCGUUGUAAAAGAUGCAACCAGGCAAAAUUACAGGUCAGACCGUUGUUAAAUCCUAUGCCUAUUAAAAUACAAUGCUCCAUUAAUUAUUAUCAACAGCUCAAGUGAAGCCAAACUGUGUACAAGCAAUUCUUACUCUUAAACAUAAUUGUAUUUAUUUUUUACUACUACAGUAUUCUCUGAUCUAUGUUAUAAUGUUGUUUCCUCAUCAAAAACAUUGCUGGAGUUGUGUUUUCUUUCAUUCGCACAUGUUUAACACAAGAAUAUUUAGGCUGAGCUUUUCUCUCAAACAGAAAAUACACUGUUCCACCAUGUGAUGUCAUCUAGUAAUACAGGAAGUGCUCCACUGUGUUUUUAAACUUCUCACACCUUCACUAGAAUCAGGAGGAUAAUUUCAGCUCAGGAAUUGCCAGUCUCUACUAAACUAAAGGCAAAAGCUAAACUAUUACCCUGAAAACUACAACUACAUGAUAUCACAAGGUGGAAUUGAGCAUUCUGAGCUUUGGAGGUGUAGACAGACUAAUAAUAAAGUGUUACUCAAACAUGUGCGAAUGAAACAACAUACAACUUCAGGUGUUUUUGAGGAGGUAACAGCAUUGUAACAUGGCAGGAGUCAGUUUUGGGUAAUAUUGGACCUUUAAAUAUUUCUUGAUGUUCUGUAAAUAAUAAAAUUAUUUUUUGCGAUUAAAAUACAA